AUGGAGGAACCGUCGACGAAGAAGCACCAAGACCACCACCGUCUCUACACCAUUAGAUUAGUCAGCAGAAAAGCUCUCUCCCACAGAUUCGACUUCACGCCUUUCCAAAGCCGAGAGAACAACCACCAUCACCGUCAUUCCGGCAAGAAACACGGCGGCGAUGAGAUUGAUCCUCGUUAUGGAGUGGAGAAACGCCGUGUUCCCUCCGGACCCAAUCCGUUGCACCAUCGAUGA